CUUUUUAUUUAUAGCAUUUUAAUUUAUUUAUAAGUGUAUGUGUAGUUUUCAAAGUAUCAGGCAUCAUAACUUCUAUGAUAGUUUCUUUGCAAGAAGCUGACUAAUCAUAUUUAGAAAUAACAUAAUGAUACCAUCAUGCUGAAAAGGAACAUAGAAUUCAUUUAGUAUUAUAACUUCAUUUUACAAACAAGAAAACUGGGCUUCAGAUAGGUCAAGAAAUUUGUCCACAAUGGCCCAGCAUAUUCAUGAUGGAAGUAGGAGUAAAAUGCAUUUAUUUUAUUUUUAGUUCAAUGCUCUUUCAGGCUGAUUACAUUUCCUAGUGUGGAUUAGAAAUGCUCGAUAAAUCAGUGAUUUCUUUAUAACCCCCCUCUCCUUCCUGAUCUCUCUUCUGGGAGGAAAAUAAAAAGGUGAUCUUGCUCCAUGGAAGUAUUUGGAGAGUGCUAAUGACGUUAGAUCAUAUCCAAAUUUAUGACAUUUGAUCCUUAUUUUUAUGGAUUAUUCAACUACAGUCAUGUGUUACUCAUUUUUUUAUCUUUUAUUCCAUGUAUAUUUUUAAAAUGUUUCAAUCAUGCUUUGAUAUGGUUUAUCUUAUAAUAUACCAAACCUCUGGCCUGGAAUAUUAUAACAUUAUUGAUUGAAUAGAGACUUUGUUAGUGAUCCAGAUACAGGAAAGUCUCCUAAAUAAGUUAUAUUAAAAUAUAGGGAUUCAAUUUAUCUGUAACAAGAAUAACUGUUCCUGCAGUUUAAGUCUAAGUCUUCUAAGUAAAACAAUUUUUAAGGUUAUUCAUUUUCAGCUAUUCAUAAAUUCUCUUUUAUACUUGCUGUUCUUUCCUUUUACUUUUAUAAAUUCAAAUUUCUUCAUAUAGUGUACAAACAUUAGGAUCCCAGACAAUUCUAGGGGCUUAUUACGAAAAAGAAUAUAUAUGUGUGGAUGUGGAUGUGUGUGUUUCCAUCUCUUUUUUUUUUUGGUGUCCCUUCUUAGUUGGAAAACUACAUUUGGGUACAGACAUCUGGGUUACAAUGUCACUGAUAGAAUUCAGCAAUUUUUGUUUUUCUAAGUUUUGGAGCUCUGGCCAGUUUCACAUAGGCUUCUAUCUGUUGAAAUGAUAUCAUCAGCUUCAGCCAAGUGUAGGUUAUUAGGUUACAAGUGCUAAAAAUGAUGAGUCGUCCUACACUUCAUCCAGCAUGAAUAAAAGCAAGUUUGUAAAAUAAUUAUAAUCUCCUGAAGCAGAGCCAGCCAUGCAACCUGAGCCCAUCUUUCUUAAUUAAUUUGUAUACAGUUCUUGUUUAACAGAACAAACUUUCAGAGGGUACUCACAUGGGACUGCUGAACCAGCUGUACAACUUUUAUUUUGAAGAAGAAAAGUUGAGCCUCAGAACAGGCUGUUUUAAAGACAGGGAGGGACUUAUCCUUUCAGAGCUUGACCAGCAUGUGGAAGGAGAGCUCCCAUGGCUGCAAUAACUUAGGGAGUUCCUACCUGGGUGACACUUGGGGCAGGAAGUUUUCUGUUUGUUUUGUUCUGUUCCGGAGUGUCCCGCGCACUUCUCUUGCCUGGAUCAACGUGACUCUUGGUGGUUUUUGCACACCCUGCUCUGUGGGGGAGUGCCCCAACGUGCCUGUCUUAUGUGGCCUCUAUGGACACACUGCUCAGCUGGCAGAGAGCAGGGAAGUUUUCUCCCAGCACCCAAAAAAAGAAAGAGGAAACUACUUUUUCUUUCUGGGCUCCUUGCAGCACAAUAGAUCAGAAAAAGCUUCCACAUUCCCUCCCUGGAUUUUCUAGAGUGGUUUCCAGGAAGAAGUUAAAUUUUCACCUUUAAAUGGAUGACCAUGUCACAAUCAGGAGGAAACAUCUCCAAAAACCCAUCUUUAGACUAAGAUGCUUAGUGAAGCAGCUGGAAAGAGGUGACGUUAACGUUGUUGACUUAAAGAAGAACAUUGAAUAUGCAGCAUCUGUGCUGGAAGCGGUUUAUAUCGAUGAAACAAGAAGACUGCUGGAUACGGAUGAUGAGCUCUGUGACAUUCAGUCCGAUGCAGUCCCAUCGGAAGUUCGAGACUGGUUGGCUUCUACCUUUACACGGAAAAUGGGGAUGACAAAAAAGAAACCCGAGGAAAAACCAAAAUUUCGGAGCAUUGUACAUGCUGUUCAAGCUGGAAUUUUUGUAGAAAGGAUGUACAGAAAAUCCUUUCACCUGGUUGGUCUGGUAUAUCCAGCAGCUGUCAUAGGAACAUUAAAGGAUAUCGAUAAAUGGUCUUUUGAUGUAUUUGCCCUAAAUGAAGCAAGUGGAGAACAUAGUCUAAAGUUUAUGAUUUAUGAACUGUUUACCAGAUAUGAUCUUAUCAACCGUUUCAAGAUUCCUGUUUCUUGCCUAAUUGCCUUUGCAGAAGCUUUAGAAGUUGGUUACAGCAAGUACAAAAAUCCAUAUCACAAUUUGAUUCAUGCAGCUGAUGUCACUCAAACUGUGCAUUACAUAAUGCUUCAUACAGGUAUCAUGCACUGGCUCAAUGAACUGGAAAUUUUAGCAAUGGUAUUUGCUGCUGCCAUUCAUGAUUACGAGCAUACAGGGACCACGAACAACUUUCAUAUUCAGACAAGGUCAGAUGUUGCCAUUUUGUAUAACGAUCGCUCUGUCCUUGAGAAUCACCAUGUGAGUGCAGCUUAUCGACUUAUGCAGGAAGAAGAAAUGAAUAUCUUGGUAAAUUUAUCCAAAGAUGACUGGAGGGAUCUUCGGAACCUAGUGAUUGAAAUGGUUUUAUCUACAGACAUGUCAGGUCACUUCCAGCAAAUUAAAAAUAUAAGAAACAGUUUGCAGCAGCCUGAAGGGAUUGACAGAGCCAAAACCAUGUCCCUGAUUCUCCACGCGGCAGAUAUCAGCCACCCGGCCAAAACCUGGAAGCUGCACUAUCGGUGGACCAUGGCCCUGAUGGAGGAGUUUUUCUUACAGGGGGAUAAAGAAGCUGAAUUAGGGCUUCCAUUUUCCCCACUUUGUGAUCGGAAGUCAACCAUGGUGGCCCAGUCACAAAUAGGUUUCAUUGAUUUCAUAGUAGAGCCAACAUUUUCUCUUCUGACAGACUCAACAGAGAAAAUAGUUAUUCCUCUUAUAGAGGAAGCUUCAAAAGCCGAAACUUCCCCCUAUGUGCCAAGCAGCUCAACCACCAUUGUGGGGUUACAUGCUGCUGAUGUGCUAAGACGAUCAACUGCAAAAGGCCCCCUGAGUGAUGGGCCCUUUUUCCCAGAUUACUCCCUUGCAGCAGUGGACCUGAAGAGCUUCAAAAACAACCUGGUGGACAUCAUUCAGCAGAACAAAGAGAGGUGGAAAGAGUUGGCUUCACAAGGUGAAACUGAUCUUCAUAAGAACUCAGAAGACUUAGUAAAUGCUGAAGAAAAACAUGCUGAUACACACCCAUAGGUCUGAAACACCUUAAUGGCUUCUGUCAUUUUAAACAUGAAAGGAUAAUGAAAGCAGCACGAAAACAUCCUAAAUCCUCAACUUUCCACAAAGCUAUAUCUCCUUUUUCAACGUACAGUUGGAUCGGACCAUUUUUAUGGACGUCUACAUAAGGAAUUAAGAAGAACACAAAUUUUGAGCUAGUCGCCCUGGCCAAAUAAAUACACUCAAGUUGCUAACAGAGUUUUAGGCCAGUGCUUCUGCUACUGUUUUUCCUCUACAAUUUGGCCUUCUUCAGUCAACCCAGAGAAAUUUUUAAGACAAAAGUCAGACAGCUUUAAAAUUUUCUCACUUUGAGCCAGUUGUAGUGGCUGUGCAAUACAUGUGCAGAAGAUGAAGCCUUUUUAAAUUUAAUUCCUUGCACUGUCUUACACAGAGUGCUCUCAUAACACAUUGUUCAAGGUCUUAAACAAAAGGAAAGCAAAACCAAAAUUAUGGAAAAUAUAUUUUUUGCAGUGCUGGGAAAUAGGCUGUAUAGAUUGUCCUUAUUUUAAAUGCAUGAGAACAGGAUGAGAGGUGGGACUCAUCAGAAGCUGUAGUUGAAGUCCUGGGGCAGCAACUGAGCAUCAUAGCCCAGCGCAAUGAUCUGAUGAACACCUCGUUGUAACUCUCAUACUGAGAAAUGGCAAUGAAGCCUUUCCUUGAAGACAGUGAACCAGCUUGUAUCCAUCCAUCCCAUGGUUUUAAUACACUAAUGCAUCACUUCCAUGGGCAUGGUCAUGACGCCAGUCAUAUGAUAUCUACAGUCCAUGAAAACAAGAAAACGAGAUUGUCAACCAUUGGUAGAGACAGACACUAGAAUGGAAAAUGGAAUUUGCCUUCUGGGUUGGUUAUCCCAUCAAGAUGUAACAAAAUACAAAAAUGUCUAUGAAAAUGGAAACCCACACUUUUCUGUACAGAUAACAUUAUUUGAUGCAACUUUUAAAUUUUGCUGCCCAGAAACAAACUGCAACCCUCAGAGGCUCUGCUUCCUUGUCAUGUUUUGCCUGAGCAUGUGCAAAGCCUUUCUUUUGCUCCAAACUGAACUAUCUUUCUUUGUUUGUUAUUAGCUGACAAGAAAGGUCAAGCACAAUUAGAUGUUGUAACUUUUCACUGUACAAACAUUUCAAUGAUGGUGAGCUUCAGUGAAUUUGUCUUUGUGAAAGGCAGAAAUUGGAUGGAAAGAAUCAAGAGUAGCCAUCAAUUAAAUGACAUGAAGGAGGAUUCAUCCAUCCUAACGAGUUUGCUGUUGCACCUGCUUCCUUCUGGAUUUCACAAUGCUAAGCAAUAUUUUAGAAAUGGAUACAAUCAGAAGCUGUUAAGCCUAAGUAGUGAGAUUUUAUAACUCACAACUUAGAUCUCUUUUAAUGUGUAAGCCAUAUUCUAUAUGCAUAUUUAGUAUGCAUCAUUGUAAUUUAAGAUAUAUUUGUGUGUAGACUCUGUAUAAAAUGCUUUUAAAUGUUCUGUGAAUAAGAUCCUUAGCUUUUGUUUUACCUGAAUCUUGUGCAGAACACAGCUAAAUAAUUGUAGCAUAGACAUUACAAUGCAAUUGGUAUUUUAAAUGUAAGCAGUAAAGAUUGAUCUAUAAUAAUGUGCUAGGGGAAAACAUUUAUAGAUAUGUACAUCAUGGUGACUUUUGGUUCUUUAAAAAUGGACUCUUCGUUUCUAUUUAUGGAGAAACUGUAACUACUGCUUUUAGUGGCUUUUUAAAAUGAGGUAUUUACCACCUAUUAAUAGAAAAUAUUCUGCACUUAAAAUAGAAUCUGACUGUCUGGGAAGUCUAAUUACUGUUGUUCCUAUUUGAGCCAAUUGUCUUUCAGUAAAGCUAUAGAAUCUCUCAAGGGAGAAGUAAAUGGAGACACUGCUUCUCAAAUGUCAUAGGAAACAUAGCCACUUUAUUCCUGUUAAUACUUUAAGAUCUAUACACUCUUGUUAUUUAAAAAAUAGCAUACAAAGAAUUCAUAAAUUUCUGUAUAUGGGCUUUAACCUAAUUUUCCAGGUUAUGUGACUUAUUAAAGCACUGUGACCAAACUUCCAGAGGGAGUGGAGAAGACGCUUUGCUUCUUCAGAAGAGCUGUCAGGCUGCUUAGUGUACUUACUAUUUUCCUAAUCUCUCUUCUUCCCUCUUUCUCUCUAUCCCCUACACUUCCUACUUCCCUCCUUUUUUCUUUCAGUCUUGCAUAUUUCUUCCUUUCCUGCCCCCUCCCUCUCUCUCUAAGACAGCUUACGUCUUAGUUAGCACUAAUUAGUAAGAAGUCAGAAUGGAGAUUAUCUGCACCCGUGUCUUCUGCAAACACCAAUGUUGAGCCCAUUCUGAAGAGAGGGAUUGAUGAGUUAGGCUCCUGCACUUUAAAUGCCCCGCUUUGCAUUUUUAUCCUCAACUACCCAACAUAUAUAUCUUGCAAGUUCAUAUGCCUUUUCAUUUAACCAGAACCUCUUUUAUUUAAUUUUUAACAUGACACCUACAAUUCUUGUGUUUCUAGUAUGCUGUAAUUCUCUGUAUUUCCUAUUAUAUAUGAUUGCUAAAUAAAUCUAUUUGAGG